AUGAGUUACGUCGCUAAGGGUGAGAAGGAGUACGACGCUACCGGUGCCGCCGUGCCCAACGCCAAAAUCCACAAGAUUCGCAUCACGCUCACGAGCAGCAAUGUCAAGAACUUGGAGAAGUUCUCUGCGGACCUCAUUAACCGCGCGAAGGACAAGCAGCUCCGUGUGAAGGGCCCUGUCCGCCUCCCCACCAAGGUCCUCAAGAUCACCACUCGCAAGACUCCUUGCGGUGAGGGUUCCAAGACUUGGGACCGCUACGAGCUCAAGGUCCACAAGCGCCUCAUCGACCUGCACUCCUCCAGCGAGAUCGUCAAGCAGAUCACGAGCAUCAGCCUGGAGCCUGGUGUCGAGGUGGAGGUCACCAUCUCUGCUUGA